AUGGCAGAUCAAGUUAUAAAUGCACCUGCCGCACAUCGACUGAGAGACAUUCAAAGGCCGGUCGUGGUAAACAACCCUUCAUGCAUCAGGAUCACGGAUGAAGCUCAUAAUUAUGAGCUUAAAACCAUUCAUCUCAAUAUGUUACCGCAAUUUAAUGGAACAACACUUGAUGAUCCAUUGGCUUUUAUUAAAGAAUUUUAUAGUGUGGUAGAAACUUUUCCAUUGAACAGGUUGACGGAAGGUGAAUUAAGGAAACGAUGUUUUCCUUAUUGCAUGAAGAUGAGUGCGAGGACAUGGCUUUUGAACUUGCCUGAAGGGUCUGUCAAUACGUGGCCAGAUGUAUAUGAUGCCUUCAUCAUGAAAUAUUAUUCUCCACAGAAGACUCUUGACCUUCGCGGCAAGAUAUAUAAUUUCACUCAAUUGGAUGGUGAACCAUUCCAUGAGGCGUGGGAGCGCUUCAAGAUGCUUCUUGCUCAAUGUUCACAUCAUUGCUUUGAUGAAUUAUUGCUAACACAAAUGUUCUUUGAAGGAUUAACCAUGAGUGGGCAAACAUUGGUGGAAACGGCAUCCGGAGGAAGUUAUGGAGAAAAGACGGCGACCGAAAUAAAUAAUUUUUUUGAAAAUGUCGCUCUAAAUUCUCAACAAAGAGCCAUUAGAGGACGAAGGGCAGCCGUCCAUGAGGUAUCUUCACAUCAUGAUGUUAUGUAUGCCAAUAGAGUCCAACCAGAGGAAAUCAAUUUUGUUGGCAAUAAUCAAAAUAAACCGCCAAGGAACGACCCGUACCCGAACACUAACAAUCCAGAGUGGCAAAAUCAUCCGAAUGUUUUAUGGAGAGAUUCGAACAAUGUUAAGCUGCAAAGACCAUCUGAAUUUCACCAAAACAGACCAACACCUCCACUACAAGAGAAGAAACCUUCUCUCGAAGAGAUGAUGGUUCAAUUCAUGGCAAAUCAGAAUGGACAUAACAAUAAAAUGGAGCAAAGGAUUAGCCAGAUUGAACAAUCAUUUCAAUCUUCCAUUCAUGAUGUGGAGCUUCAACUGGGAAAAUUGGCAAAUAAGGCGAGAAUGAAGUUGAUGAAGCAUAAAAAAAACAAGGCGGGCAAAUCAGUUGCUAUAAAUGAGAGAACGAAAAACAAGGUGGUAGAAGAGAGCACUAUAGAGAAACCUCCACCGAAAAUCAAGGAAUAUGUACCUCCAAUUCCAUACCCUCGGCGACAGAUGAAGAGGAUAAACGAGUUGAAUUUUCAAAAGCUUCUCAACAUCUUCAAGAAAAUUCAAAUCAACAUUCCUUUUACCGAGGCCUUGGCACAAAUACCAUCAUAUGCAAAGUUCUUGAAGGAGAUCAUUUCUAACAAGAACAAAUUGGAGGAGUAUGCAACAGUGGGCUUGACUGAGGAGUGCAGUGCGAGAUUGCAAAGGAAAUUACCUCCAAAGUUGAAAGACCCAGGAAUUUUCUCUAUCCCAUGUGUUAUUGGUAAUGUUGAUGUUGCUAAUUGCUUAUGUGAUUUAGGUGCUAGCAUCAACCUGAUGCCACUAUGGCUUGUGAGAAAGCUAAGAAUAACCAAAAUGAAACCUACUACGGUUUCAUUACAACUGGCAGACAGAUCCAUCAAAUGA